AUGCGUCAUUUAGAUUUUGUAUUAAGUCCAUUAGACCAAUUUGAAGUAAGAGAUUUAUUUUCUCUUAACGCUAACUUAUUAGGUAAUUUACACUUAUCAUUAACAAAUAUAGGUUUAUAUUUAUCAAUUAGUAUCUUUUUAAUUUUAACAUAUAGCUUAUUAGCUACUAAUAAUAAUAAAAUAAUACCUAAUAACUGAUCAAUAAGUCAAGAAAGUAUAUAUGCUACAGUACACGGUAUAGUAGUAAAUCAAAUUAAUCCUAAUAAAGGACAAAUGUUCUUUCCAUUAAUGUAUGUAUUAUUCAUAUUUAUUUUAGUAAAUAAUUUAAUAGGAUUAGUACCAUAUAGUUUUGCAUCUACAUCACACUUUAUAUUAACAUUCUCUAUUAGUUUUACUGUUGUUUUAGGUGCAACUAUAUUAGGUUUCCAAAGACAUGGGUUAAAAUUCUUCUCAUUAUUUGUACCUUCAGGUUGUCCUUUAGCUUUAUUACCUUUAUUAGUUUUAAUUGAAUUUAUUUCAUAUUUAUCUAGAAAUGUUUCAUUAGGAUUAAGAUUAGCUGCUAACAUAUUAAGUGGUCACAUGCUUUUAAGUAUUUUAAGUGGAUUCACAUAUAAUAUUAUGACUAGUGGUGUAAUAUUCUUCAUAUUAGGUUUAAUACCUUUAGCAUUUAUUAUUGCAUUCUCUGGUUUAGAGUUAGCUAUAGCAUUUAUUCAAGCUCAAGUUUUUGUAGUUUUAGCUUGUUCAUAUAUUAAAGAUGGUUUAGACUUACAUUAA